AUGCAUAAUGGCAAAAUAAAACACAAUACUACAGAUGAAGAGACCACCAAUGCCAUACCCUCAGGCGCAGACAACCCUUCUCGGAGAUCCAGACGCCGGAAAUGUUUAUGUUUGACAAUCAUACUCACCCUACUCGCUCUCGGUCUUAUCAUCCUCAUUCUCGCUCUCACUGUCUUCAAGUUCAAAAAACCGAUUACAACCAUCAACUCAGUAGUCCUCAAUGACUUUAAUGCCACUAUAGACCUUAUACCGCUUAAAAUUUCCAUAAACAUAUCACUAAACAUAAAGCUCACAGUCAAAAACCCGAACAAACUUGGCAUAUCAUACAAAAACAGCUCAGCAGCUAUUCGGUAUAAAGGGCGUGACAUUGGUAAUGUUCCUAUCCCAGCUGGGAAGAUUGGGUCAGAUGAUACAAAACCAAUGAACCUCACUGUUACAGUCUUUGCUGACCGGUUGUUGACAAAUCUUGAUGUUUAUGGUGAUAUAAUAACUGGUACUUUUCCUGUUUCGACUUAUACAAGAAUCCCGGGUAGAGUACGUAUACUACAUUUGUUCAAUAUUCAUGUCGUGUCUACCUCAACAUGCAAUUUGAAAAUCGAUAUUUUCAAUAGAAAGAUUGCGGAUCAAAGCUGCCAUUACAAGAAUAAAGUCUAG